GACGUUGAGGCUUUGAUUUGUGCAGCUGGUUCAUUCAGCGCUGUCAGCUCGUCCGAAUGACGCUGCUCUGUUAAAUUGCCAUUCAUUCAGCGACUAUGUAGCACUUUACAGUCAAAUUCUCGUGUAAAUAUAUGUUUUUAGUCAUGUUAAACAUUUAAGCGCUCAUACAUUCUGACGUAUAAGAGCAAGACGGAUCAGUCUCAAGGCCACGGAUGGAACCGGGGCGUCAGCGUGAGAACCCCCCCGGAUCCGGGGAGCCCGAGUCAGGGGAGUGGAGAGAGGAGACCACCGGGGUGGAGGCUGGAGAGAGGGACGCGACCCUGAAAAACAGAAGCGGGGAUGGAGGGAACGAGGAGAUAAAGAGCAAAACCGAGAAUAAUGAGAUGGUGGAGAAAGAUAAGACAGUGUAUGAUGAGGAAGAGAAACAAUAUGAGGAAGAAUUGGACCCCAGGAUUCAGGAGGAGCUGGAACACUUGAAUCAGGCCAGUGAUGACAUCAACAGACUGGAACUACAGCUGGAUGAGGCGAGAUCCAGCUACAGGAGGAUUCUUACAGACUCUGCACGCAAACUCAAUGCUCAGGGCUCUCAACUGGGGGCCUGCAUCGAGAAAGCCAGGCCUUACUACGAAGCACGACGACUUGCCAAAGAGGCUCAACAGGAGACCCAGAAGGCAGCGCUGAGGUACGAGAGAGCUGUCUCCAUGCACACAGCUGCCAGAGAAAUGGUUUAUGUUGCUGAGCAAGGUUUAUUGGCUGACAGGAAUACGUUGGAUCCUACCUGGCAGGAAAUGCUAAACCAUGCCACAGCCAAGGUGAAUGAGGCAGAGGAGGAACGUCUGAGAAGUGAGAGAGAGCAUCAGCGUGUUACUCAGCUCUGUCAGGAAGCAGAAGCUCGUGUUCAGACCCUGCAGAAAGCUCUCAAGAGGGUCAUUAUCAAGUCCAAGCCUUACUUUGAGCUCAAGGCUCAGUUCAACCACAUCCUAGAGGAGCACAAGUCCAAAGUCGUCCACUUGGAGGAACGCGUGGCAAAAGUGAAGACCCGAUAUUCUGUUGCCCUGCGCAACCUUGAGCAGAUCAGCGAGCAGAUCCAUGCACAAAGGGAGCGUGUCCGUGCUACCAGAGAACGCAACAGAGCCCGUGGUGGGCGGAGCUCUCCGGUGGGGGCGGAAUCUGAAGGGAUAAUCCAGGCUGGGGCGUAUGGGGGGGUGAUGGCCAAUCCUUUAAUGGAUAAUGACUGGGCGGAUCAGGAGAUGACCAGGCAGUGGGUUGAAAAACACAGAGAGGCAGGAUGGGGCCAGAGAGAGAGGGCAGAGAAGGCGGGGUCAGACUCCAUGUCAGUCAUCAGCCUGCAAACCAUCACCUCUGACCUGGAGAAGUUCGACUCGGUGGAGCACCUGGGUGACCUGAGUGACGUUGGAAGUAUAAUAGGAGAAGAGAAAGAAGUGGAAAGUGAGAGAGGAUUUAAGGCUGAAGACAGAAUAGUAGCAAGAGAAGUGGUAAACCUCUCGAGACAGGAUAGAGGGGAUGCAGAGAAGAGUGCCACAGGGAAAGACAGUCAGCAAAGAGACAAAGGAAGGGAGAGUUUUGUGAAGCAGCACCACAGAAGUGUUAGUUUGUGAUAAAACAAGGUGAACAUGGAGUUGCCUGUUACCCCACCCCAAACCUGCAGGGCUAAACUUGGCCUGCAGGCUUUCAGGAGAACAUCUCAACUGACAUCAAAUCAUGAAUAAGAUCUUAAACACUCUGUAGAACUGUUACUUAAAAAAGAAGUGUGUAAUUUCUGCGCCACUGCGUUAACAAAUGGAAUAGAGCGCAACAGUGCCCAUCCAGUUUUACAGCCGUCUUGGUGCCAGAAGUAUUUCAUUAGGGAUUUCAGAAAACCAUGAAAGUCAUGAACCAAACCAAAAAACAAGAACAAAACUAUACAAAUAUUAAUUUAAAGUUAUCGAUAAUAAAUAUAGAAACAAUGGAUUUUAUUGCAAAUGUUUAGAAAUAUGCAAAUAUAUAAGUAGUUUAUGACAACGUUAUUCACAGUGGUGGUGGUUGUUCGCUGUGAUUCUCUGAUUGGUGGAUCUUUCUUUAGGAUUAUGGGUAGUGUAGCUGUAGUUCUACAUCAGGCACUCCGCUACUUAACACAAUUUUGUUUAAAUAAGUUGAAAUUAUGCAGACUGACUACUUCGAUAGAAGCAUAUACUAUAGGUCAACAACCUUGGAUCAUACAGUAGGUUGGUCUUCACAGGUUUCAUUUAUUCCACUACAGUUUGUAUUUGCACACACCACAAGCAAAGCUGUCGAAACUUGUGAGAAACGUCUGAAGGGAUGGAGCCAUGAAGGAAAUAAAUAAAGAAAAUGAAACCUGUUUGCUGUUGAAGAGAUCCCUGGUCUAUCUGGACUAAACCAAACAGCUGAAGUAGACCUAUCUUGUUUCAAGCCAAAUAUUUUUUGCUGCACUUCAUAAAGUGGGCAGGCAGCUUGAUGAAGAAGCCUAUGGACAUGUUCAUGAAGGCCAGUGGAAAUCCUAUGGGCAAAAAGUUGCCAAAACAAAAAAAUAAUCUAGGACACUGCAUGACAUUGAUAGUCAAAUAUGUGCCUGGCUAUCCCAAACCACUUUUUCUGGAUGUGGGUUUACUUGCACAUAUGCAGGUAUGCAUAUGUAUGGUUUGUAGAGCCAGAACAGUACAUAAUUAUUCCAGAGAAUCCUGCACCACGUGAGACUUUGAUGACCCUCUUAAUAACCACAAAUGUCAACUCUUUGAGGGUAUUGCAUGCAAGCUCAUGCUCCAGGCAGUACAAGAAGACACAUAAUACUGUCUGGAGCAUGCCAUCCACCAUGGGAACAUCCAUCCCUAGGUAAUUCUGGUCAUAACAGACACAUUAUAGCGCAAAGUAAUAGACUUGGGCGAAGGUGGUCUUAUUGAUAUUUUUGGCCAUGAAGUGACAAAGAGCGAACCAGAAUGGAAACAUCACCCUAUAGGCCUCUGCAGCAGGCCAUUAUGUCAACAAUUAAAGAUCUGGGAUUUAUGUUGUCUUACAUGGUGCAAGGACGUCCAACCCAGGCCACCAUAUCACAAGAAUUGUCAGAUUCUUUAACUUGUUUGUGAUUUCUACCUCAGUGGCCCCUUAACAUUUCACAUUUCACUGCACGGCACAACACAUAACAAAAUGCAGGUGUACUUAACAUCGCUGUUACGCGAUGGGACACGCUUUUAAAUGUCGAUGUUAUUUAUUUACUUUGACGGUGUGCUGAAAAAAUGUGUGGAUCUGUUGCAACAGUCAAAGAGAUCCAUUUAGUGCAAGUUUACAUGGACAAACAACGAUUAAGAGGGCAGAAAGACAAAAUAAUGUAUUCUGUGUGACUGGCUCUUUACAUGUGAAAGAAAUCUGUUUGAAAACUAAUGGGAUUUUAACUUCUGGAACAUAACUGUUGCGCUCUGUUGCAAAGAUUUCCAAACAGGUUUCCUCAAUUCUCCCCACAUCUGCCAUUGGUCAUACAAACAUAUAGUUCCGACCCAAACCCAUGCCAUUGUUUGAGACAAUGUUACUGUGUCAGGCUUGGUGGGAUGUUUUAACAUCAGUGUUAACACUUUCGGAAAAUGAAUUUACUAAUGGAUUACUUUUAGUUGUUGCUGAAAAUUGAGAUAGGAAAAAAGUAUUCAACAAACCAUUGAAUUGCCGUUCAAUUUGAUUGGACAAAACGAGUGAGUGCAAGAUAAGUCAUAAGCAUUUUUGGGUAAUUUUCCUGUCAAAUGUGCUAAAAGUUAAUCUUGUCAACAUUUAGGGGCCUACAAAGAACUUCAAAGCGAAAAGACAUGAACUAAAAGCCAAAAACCUUAGAUUUGUGAAAUUACACACAUCUCUUUUAACGGCAUAGUCAUGAACAGACCUUCCUUCCCUGCAGUUCAAACGAGAGAAAAAGCUCAUCCAGGGGGUUGUGGAUGGCCAAUACGAUUCAGGAAUGAUUACAAUGAUUUUUUUUUAAUUAUUUGAAGGGGAAAAAAUAGUAUGAAUACAUUCACAAUGAUUGACAUGGCAUUAUUGUAACACUGCACUACAGCACAAGGGGAUCAGAUGUUCUUAGGCUAAUUAAUGAAUAGCAAUGAGGCAAUACAAACAGGAAGGAGGAGGUGGUAUUCAGAGUCUUCUAGGACUUGUUGUUCUUACGCUCUGAUACUGUCUUUUCUCUUUUACUGUUUCACUAUCAGCUCUAUCAAGAGAGAACAGAAAGAAAAAAUACUUUACAAUACAAUUAGAGCAGGAAGAAAAAGAAAAACUUGUGAAAACCGAUUGAACAUUGAAGAUAAAACUUAGCUGGUUAUAACAACAGUAUCAGGUGCAUUCGACAUUUCCUCUGUGCUGUACUUGUCUCCCUCUGUACAAGUGUAUCUAACUGACAUUCUUUACUCAUAGAAUUAAUUACAUUGUAUUUGUCCUGAUGUCCAGAUCUCUUUCAGCAAUUAUAGGCAUCUGGAAAGUUUUGGUCUGGCUGUAGAUUGGUUCUGUAUCUCUCUGCUUAUUUUGUGCAGCAUUUACUAUAUGAAAUCACAUUUAAACAUGCAUGUUCCUGGUUUAAUUGUGAAUGUAUCAUCAGUGCAUGUUGUUCAGAAGCUGGGAUGUAACGGCCACUUUUCACAAUCCAACCAAUUCCCUAUGGAUAAAAUCAAGUGUUGUUCUCAUUUUUCCCCUAAAGAAUAUCCUGUUUCACAUUCCAAAAAUAAAAGGGGUUUCAAAUGCCAUUUUAUGUUGACUUUAAGGACAUUCAUUUUUGAAAUGUUUUUUAUUAUUAUUUUUUGAGAGAGAAACAAGUUGAUUUUAGAUCAUACCGGGUAUGUUUUCAUGAGGGUCUUGUGCUUUAACUGAGAUAUGGUUUACAUGUGUACAAGUGUGUAAAUCUAGCUGGAUUUUUAAAACAACAGUUGAGUAAAAAAAAAGAAAAAACAUAGAGAGGCUGAAUGAUGCUCAAAAACCUGUUUUGCAGAUGUACAUUUUGAAAUGUGUAAUGCUAGCUGUAUGAACAAACCGUGCUGCGGACAGUACAGGAUUGUUUGCAAGUUUACAUUCUACUCUUUUCUUUUUGUUUUCAUUUUGGAUCUAAAUGUUGUAGCUUUUUUGUCCACAAACCUUGUAAAUGUAUUCUUCCCCCAGUAUACCCUGUAAAGUUCCUUGACCUCAGUAAAUAGAAGAUGCUCUAUAGAGAAAAUUCAGUAUGCUGCUGAUCCAGUAGGUCACAUAGGUCACAUGAACUCUGUAUAUACAAGCUGAUGUAUGAUGAAUACAAAUAGUCCUUACGUGACUGAUAACUUAUUCUGUAAAUGUUAAUUUAUUGCACAUUUAGAGAUAUUAAAAUUUGAA